UAUGAUUCAAGCACCUGGUUACAGGACAGAGAACCCAUUUCUGGCAACUUCGAAAUUCCUCAUCCACUUCCUGCUUUCAAGCUCCACAAUUUGGUGUAUGCGUGGCUAUGGAGAUGGAAUUGUUCACGGAGGCAAUGAUGGAAGAAGAAAACUGUUGCAUUGAUGAAAUUAAUGAUGAUUAUUCAACUUUGGACGGUGAACGAUGUGGGAUAUGUAUGGAUGUUGUUAUUGAUAGAGGAGUUUUAGACUGCUGUCAACACUGGUUUUGUUUUACAUGCAUUGACAACUGGGCUACCAUCACAAACUUAUGCCCACUUUGCCAGAGUGAAUUUCAAUUAAUCACUUGUGUGCCCGUAUACGAUACCAUAGGGGGCAGCCAGACUGAUGAGGAUUUAUAUACCAGAGAUGAUGAUUGGUCCAUUGAAGGGAAGACUAAUACUCUUUCAUUCCCAUCAUACUAUAUCGACGAGAAUGCAGUUGUCUGCUUGGAUGGAGAUGGCUGCAAAGUUCGGGCCGGAUCAGUUACAAAUGAAGAAGAUCUGAAUCUUGAUACGUCAAUUGCUUGUGAUUCAUGUGAUCUAUGGUAUCAUGCCUUUUGUGUUGGAUUUGACCCUGAGGACACUUCUGAAAGUACAUGGCUAUGCCCAAGAUGUGUUGACAAGCUACCUGAAAAGUCAGCAUCUUACAAGAAGUUUGGUCCAGAAAAUGCCAGCAAUAACUGUUUGCUUGAGGCUUCUUUUUCAGGGGAAGUAUCUGUAUCUGUUGCUGAUGCUGGUGAGACGGCUGUUGUCGUCUCAAUUGUUGAGAGGAACAAUCAGGUUGAAACACCAGGCAGAAAACUUUCAAAUCUAGAUACUAAAGAGGCUAUAGAUACUGGCAUUUUGGUCCCUGAUCCUGUUCCUGAUACUCCCAGUAUAGAACUGUCCUUGCGACAAAAUGAAUGUCGAGAUUCUGCGCAGCCUGCUACCCCUGUGGAUGUGAAGUCUGAUGCAUCGACACAGUUAUUCAAUAAAGAACUGAUUCAACCAAAUCUAGAUCUUCAUCUGGGAUUGUCUGAGAAUUCAUGUCCAGCAUCUAAUGUAGACGUAACAAAUAUGAAGGUAGCUGGAGAUCAAGUACUUCAAGCUGCACGACCGAAUAAUUCGUCAGAAUCCCUUCAUCCAGGUGAAAAAAUGAUGCCUGAUAAGAAUGAGGACAAGGUUGUGGCUUCCGUUGCAAAGAGAAAGCGCAGAGAAAACAGUGAAUGCAGUAAUGCUGAUGAUGGAGGCAUUAGAGCCAAAGCUGAGCUUGCCUAUGAUUUGAAGAGAGUUAAAAUUGAGGGAAGCAGUGAGCAAAUUAAUGCAAAGGACCAACCUCCAGUAUCUGCUUCAGACAACUCCGAUAAACCUCGAGUAAUCAUCUCAAAGGACAAGAAACUGAAAUGUAAACCUGAAAAUAAAAACCUUAGCUCUGACAUAAUGAAUAUAGUUAAAGGAACAGGUCGUAAAACUUUGAAGAAGCUUGCACAUAGCAACCAGGAUGGAAUGUCCUCUAAACAAGGAGAAAGUGCAGCUGGCCUGAGGGUUAAAAAGAUCAUGAGGAGAACUGGUGAUGAGGACUCAUCAGUGCUAGUUGAAAAUCUAAGGAAAGAAAUUAGAGAAGCUGUUCGUAACAAGUCUUAUGGGGAUAAAGGGGAAAAGCAGCUUGACCCAAAACUUCUGACUGCUUUUAGAGCUGUUGUGACAGGAUCUACAACUGAAACUAAGAAGCCUUCUGUGGAUCUGAAGGCAAAGAGGUCACUGUUGCAGAAGGGAAAAGUACGUGAAAACCUAACCAAAAAAAUUUAUGGUAUUGGAGGAAGACGACGGCGAGCAUGGACUCGUGAUUGUGAAGUAGAAUUUUGGAAAUACAGAUGCUCAAAUAUGUCAAAGCCUGAGAAGAUUGAGACAUUGAAGUCGGUUCUUGACCUCCUGAGAGAUGAUUCAGAGAAUGCAGCGACAAAGCCUGUGAAUGAAGGGGAAGGAAAGUCUUCCAUUCUUUCAAGGCUAUAUUUAGCAGAUAAUUCGGUUUUCCCAAGAAAGGAGGAUAUCAAGCCUGUCUCUACCCUUACUGUUGUAUCUGAUCAAAACAAAGAAAAUGGAUCAACGUCGAACACUUCAGCAACAUCUUUUCCUAGUCCAUCCAAUAUAGUUCCACCUGCAAAUGUGGCUUCUUCCUUGGAAAUUAAGGGGGCCAAAAGAAGUGUCCCGACCACUAAGGCUGAUAUUACCAGAAAUGUACUUCCAAUCAAAGGCACUGAUAGGCCGUCCACAUCAACCUCAAGUGGUUUGAAAUUGUGUACCAAGGAGGAAAUAACUGUAAAAUGUGAUAAUACAAGGAGUGAUAAGAGGAAGUGGGCCCUAGAGGUUCUUGCAAGAAAAACAGCAGCAACAAGCAAGAGUGGAACCCUGGAAAAUGAAGAGGACAGUGCAGUGCUGAAAAAUAAUUAUCCAUUGCUGGCUCAGCUACCGAAAGACAUGCGGCCAGCUUUGGCACCUAGUCGUCAUAAUAAAAUCCCCAUGUCCGUCAGGCUGGCUCAACUUCACCGUCUCACUGAGCACCUCUUAAAGAAAGCAAAUCUGUCAGUUAUGCGCAGAACAGCAGAAACAGAACUGGCAAUUGCAGACGCGGUUAAUAUCGAAAAGGAGGUUGCUGAUAGGUCUAAUAGCAAACUAGUAUAUUUAAACCUCUGUUCACAAGAACUGCGCAGAUCAGACAAUACCAGUAAUGUUGGUGUUGCAGAGUCAAGUCCUUGCCAAACUUCAGAAGUUCUAACCAACUCAUCAGAAGAAGGAAGCCAUGUCCAUUCUUCUGAUCCAGCAGUUGAUGAAGCACUAAGAAAUGCAGGACUUUUGUCUGAUUCACCUCCAAGUAGUCCAAGUUGCGCCUUGGAGGAAGUCAAAGAGGAAAUUUGCAUAUCAAAAGAAGUUGAAGAUCACGGGCCCGUGAAUGUGUUUGAAGUGGAUGAUCCUCCAGAACUUGAUAUAUAUGGGGAUUUUGAAUAUAAUUUGGAGGAUGAUGACUUUUCUGGUGCUGGAACUUCAAUGAUCUCUGUGCUGCAGCCAGAAGAAUCUAAAUUGAAAGUUGUCUUCUCCACAAUCAACCCUGUGGAAUCUGAUGGCUCUUUGGAACUUCAAAAUCACGAAAAACAGGACAUUCUUGAAGGUCCUGUUGACACAUCUUUGUUGAGUGGGUGCGAAACAAGUGGUGUGGUUGGAAGCUCAACUGCAGCUGACCAGACAGAAAAUUGCCUUGGUCAUAGUUCCCCUGUUGAUGAAGACCUUUCUGUUGUAGACUGUGAAGAGUUGUACGGACCAGAUAAAGAGCCGCUGAUUGAGAAGUAUCCUGAGAUGGCAUCAGUCAAGCUUGAUGAACUGGCUAUGGACAAUGAAGUUCGACAAAGCAAUGGAGUUGAUGAAUCCAAACAGGCUUCAAAGUCCCCGGAGCAGGGAAUUGGCAGCAGCUCUAUUACUUCCAAAUGCCCAAACUCACCUAACAAGCUUGCCAAAAGUGAAAACCUACAAAUGAACAAGAUAUCGAAAUCCCUUGCUGACAAGGAAUCAGGCAGCAAUAGCUCUGUAUCAAUGAAGGUCAAAGCAUACGUGAAGGAGCACAUCAGACCACUUUGCAAAAGUGGGGUGAUUUCUGUUGAACAAUACAGGUGGGCUGUGGCCAAAACUACUGAGAAAGUCAUGAAGUAUCACCCAAAGGACAAAAAUGCUAAUUUUCUCAUAAAGGAAGGAGAUAAAAUUAAGAAACUUGCAGAGCAGUACGUCGAGACAGCUCAACAUACAACAAAAAACUAAUAAGUAGCUGCCUUAGUGAUAGUUACGCGAUGUACAGCUUUUGACUCCUGGCUUUUCUUUUCUAUUCUUUUGCAUAUUGCUUCUGAAUUCGUAUUUGUACCGAAGCUUAAGAAGUUACCCUAGGAGAUUCUAGGGUGUUGUAGCUGUAAUUUAGUCUGAGUCUCAACAUUUAGUGACUGAGACGACGAGGCAUUUUCUUUUAGAUUAGAGACUAAUUUAAAAUGCAGAAUGCUGCAUCAUUUGUAGGGAACAUACAUGUAUCUAUGGCGUUGUUGUAUAAAGAUAAGAAACUAUAGAGAUGCCAAUGAGCUGUCGAAGCUUCACUAUUGAA